AUGCAGAUGUUGAAGAAUCCAGGUGCAGUCCUCGUGUUCAAGCCAAACACGAAGAGGGAGGAGGGUCGCAAGACCCAGUUGUCCAACAUACAGGCGAGCCGCGCAGUGAGCGACAUCGUGAAGACGACGUUGGGCCCCAUGGCGAUGCUGAAGAUGAUGCUGGACCCACUGGGAGGCAUAGUCAUAACGAACGACGGAAAUUCAAUACUGAGAGAAAUAGACGUGGCGCACCCCGCGGCCAAGUCGCUCAUCGAGUUGAGCAGAUCACAAGAUGAGGAAGUAGGAGACGGUACGACAUCAGUGGUUAUCCUGUCGGGGGAGUUACUAAGCAUAGCAGAAAUAUUCUUGAAGCAAAAAAUACACCCAACCAUAAUUGUUAAUUGUUAUAUGGAUGCACUGAACAAGGCGGUGAAAUUUUUAGAUUCUAUAUCGAUUCAGGUAGAUGUAAAUGAUGAAAAGAGUUUACUUAAAGCAAUUGAUUCAUGUCUGAGUACCAAGUUUGUGAACAGGUAUAACAAAAUGGUGAGUCAUUUAGCUCUGCAAGCAGUACAGUGUGUGAAGGUAGAAUCCAAUGUCAUGGGAAAAAAAGAAAUCGACAUUAAAAGAUAUGCAAAAGUAGAAAAAAUUCCUGGAGGAGAUAUCACAGACAGUUAUGUAUUAAAAGGAGUUAUGCUGAACAAAGAUAUUGUACACCCUAAAAUGAGAAGAAGAAUUGAAAACCCAAGGAUCCUUCUUCUAGAUUGUACUUUAGAAUAUAAAAAGGCGGAGAGUCAAACGAAUGUGGAAAUACUCGAUGAAGAGACAUGGAAUCAAUUGUUGUUACAAGAAGAGAUAGAAGUGAAAAAGUUAUGUGAACACAUCAUCGACAGCAGAUGUGAUAUUGUGGUUACAGAGAAAGGAGUAUCUGAUUUAGCUCAACAUUUUCUCGUUAAAAAAAAUAUAAGUGUUAUUAGAAGAGUGAGGAAAACAGAUCUGAAUAGACUUGAAAGAAUUAGUGGUGCUACCAUUGUUAAUAGGUGUGAUGAAAUUGUGGAGAGUGAUAUCGGUACCAAGUGUGGUUUAUUUGAAGUUAAAAAGAUUGGUGAUGAUUAUUAUGCUCAUUUUGUAGAAUGUGAGAACCCACGAGCAUGUACCAUUUUGUUAAGAGGAUCAACGAAGGAUGUUCUUAACGAAGUUGAAAGGAACCUUCACGACGGAAUGAAUGUGGCGAAGAAUAUCAUUAUGGAAGGGAAACUACUUUAUGGAGGUGGGUGUACUGAAAUGAGAGUAGGACAACACCUCAUCAGUCAAGCUAGCCAAUAUGAUGAUGCUAGAAAAAGUAUUAUGGAAGCUGUGGGUUCUGCCUUGGAAAUCAUUCCGAAAAUUUUGGCCCAGAACAGUGGAGCCAAUGUUGUAAAAACUAUUAACGAGCUCAGGAUAAAACAUGAGACUGCUGGUGGAGAGAAGUUUGGGGUCGAUGGCAUCACUGGGGAGAUCAUUGAUGUGUCCACGAAAAAUAUUUGGGACCUGCUUGCUGUGAAGAAGCAAAUAUACAAGAGCGCCAUCGAGGCCGCGGCCAUGAUUCUGCGCAUCGACGACGUGGUCAGCGGAAUCGGCAAGGAGGACAAGCUGCAGAAGCCCGUGCAAAACGAGUUCGAGUAG